AUGUUGUACUAUCCUUUACCACGUAUUAUAUUCUAUGAGAAUCAUCCUCGCUGUCACAAUUUUCUAGUCAAUAGGCAUAGCUGUGUAGCUUAUAUUAGAAGAAACUACAUUGUCUUGAUCGACGAGACUCAUAGCGGAAUUAACGAUAAGCUGGAGGGUUGGAGACGUACUCUGGAUUUUAAAGGGUUUAAGCUAAGUAGGUCCAAGACAAAGUACUUAGAGUACAAGUUCAAUGAAGCACCUCAGGAGGCUGGCUUGGAAGUGAGGCUUGGUACUCAGGCCAUUCAGAAGAAAAGUAGUUUCAAGUAUCUUGGGUCUAUUAUGCAAGGCAGCGGGGAGAUUGAUGAUGAUGUCACACAUCGUAUUGGGGCAGGGUGGAUGAAAUGGAGGCUCGCUUCCGGAGUGCUAUGUGACAAGAAGGUGCCGCCACAACUUAAGGGCAAGUUCUACAAAGUGGUGGUUAGACCGACUAUGUUGUAUGAGGCGGAGUGUUGGUCAGUUAAGAUCUCUCACGUUCAAAAGAUGAAAGUUGCCGAGAUGAGAAUGUUGAGAUGGAUGUGUGGCCACACCAGGAGUGACAAGAUUAGGAAUGAGGAUAUUCGGGACAAGGUGGGAGUGGCCUCGGUGGAAGACAAGAUGCGGGAAGCGAGAUUGAGAUGGUUUGGACAUGUGAAGAGGAGAGACACAGAUGCCUCAGUGCGGAGGUGUGAGAGGUUGGCCAUGGAUAGUUUCAGACGAGGUAGGGGUAGGCCGAAGAAGUAUUGGGGAGAGGUAAUUAGACACGACAUGACAUAGUUACAUCUUACCGAGGACAUGACCUUAGAUAAGAGGGUUUGGAGGACCCAGAUUAGGGUAGAAGGCUAGUAGAUAGUGUCGUUAUCCUUCCUUAUUAGUAGUCGCAUUA